GCGGCGCGGGGUCUGGGGCGCGCCGCGUGUGGCCGGGCGCCCGGGGCCGAGGGCGGGCUGGCGGAUGGCGGGCAGAAGGGGUGCGCGGUCCCCUGUCCCGCCCCGCCCCGCGCCGCGCCGCCCGCCUCUUUCGCAGGCGCCUCCCGCCCAGGCUUGGGUCCGCUCGCCUCCCGCGCCGCGCGCCCUCCUCCGCCCCGCACGGCCCCAGCUCGGCGCUCGCCGCCAGCCCGCAGCCCCCGCCGGCUGCCAUGGCCGCUCUGUGCCGCCCCGGCCUGCGGCUCAACUGGUCCGGGCUGAGCCCUUGGGGCUGCUCGUCUCGAUGCAGCAUACAGACCCUGAGAGUGCUCCAUGGAGACCUGGGCCAGCUGCCUUCCAAGGUUCGAGACUUUGUGGAGUGGAGUGCCCGCCUGUGCCAGCCAGAGGGCAUCCACAUCUGUGAUGGGACAGAGGCUGAGAACACUGCCAUCCUGGCCCGGCUGGAGCAGCAGGGGCUCAUCCGGAAGCUCCACAAGUAUGAGAACUGCUGGCUGGCACGCACAGACCCCAAGGAUGUGGCACGAGUGGAGAGCAAGACUGUGAUUGUAACAUCUUCUCAACGGGACACUGUGCCACUCCCAGCUGGCAAGGCCCUGGGGCAGCUGGGCAACUGGAUGUCCCCAGCUGAGUUCCAGCAGGCUGUGGCUGAGCGUUUUCCAGGCUGCAUGCAGGGCCGCACCAUGUACGUGCUCCCCUUCAGCAUGGGGCCUGUGGGCUCCCCUCUCGCCCGCAUCGGUGUGCAGCUCACCGAUUCCGCCUAUGUGGUCGCCAGCAUGCGGAUCAUGACCCGUCUGGGGAAGCCAGUGCUGCAAGCCCUGGGCGACGGUGACUUUGUCCAGUGUCUUCACUCCGUGGGCCAACCGUUAACUGGGCAAGGGGAACCAGGCAGCCAGUGGCCAUGCAACCCGGAGAAGACACUGAUCGCCCACGUGCCUGACCGGCGGGAGAUCAUCUCCUUCGGCAGCGGCUAUGGCGGCAACUCCCUGCUGGGCAAGAAGUGCUUUGCCCUCCGCAUCGCCUCAAGGCUGGCCCGGGAUGAGGGCUGGCUGGCGGAGCACAUGCUGAUCCUGGGUAUCACCAGCCCUGCAGGAAGGAAGCACUACGUGGCAGCUGCAUUCCCCAGUGCUUGUGGCAAGACAAAUCUGGCCAUGAUGCGGCCGGUGCUGCCAGGCUGGAAGGUGGAGUGUGUAGGGGACGACAUCGCCUGGAUGAGGUUUGAUAGCGAUGGUCAGCUCCGGGCCAUCAACCCUGAGAAUGGCUUCUUCGGGGUGGCCCCUGGCACCUCCGCUGCCACCAACCCCAAUGCCAUGGCCACGAUCCAGAGAAACACACUGUUCACCAACGUGGCUGAGACCAAUGAUGGUGGUGUGUACUGGGAGGGCAUUGACCAGCCUCUUGCACCUGGUGUCACCGUGACCUCCUGGCUGGGCAGGCCCUGGACACCUGGUGACAAGGAACCCUGUGCACACCCCAACUCUCGCUUUUGUGCCCCGGCUCGCCAGUGCCCCAUCAUGGACCCAGCCUGGGAGGCCCCCGACGGUGUCCCCAUUGAUGCCAUCAUCUUUGGAGGCCGCAGACCCAAAGGCGUGCCCCUGGUCUAUGAAGCCUUCAGCUGGCGCCAUGGGGUGUUUGUGGGCAGUGCCAUGCGCUCAGAGUCCACUGCUGCCGCUGAACACAAAGGGAAGGUCAUCAUGCAUGACCCGUUUGCCAUGCGGCCCUUUUUUGGCUACAACUUCGGGCACUACCUGGAGCACUGGCUGAGCAUGGAGGGGCGCAGGGGAGCCCGGCUACCCCGCAUCUUCCACGUGAACUGGUUCCGGCGUGACGAUGCAGGCCGCUUCCUGUGGCCAGGCUUUGGGGAAAACGCUCGGGUGCUAGACUGGAUCUGCCGGCGGCUAGAAGGGGAAGACAGUGCGCGAGAGACGCCCAUCGGACUAGUGCCAAAAGAGGGUGCCCUGGAUCUCAGUGGCCUGCGGGCUGUGGACACUACCCAGCUGUUCUCCAUCCCAAAGGACUUCUGGGAACAAGAGGCCCGGGACAUUCGGAGCUACCUGACAGAACAGGUCAACCAGGAUCUUCCCAAGGAGGUGUUGGCUGAGCUGGAGGCUCUGGAGGGCCGUGUGCGCAGGAUGUGAGCUGCAGAGGCCACAGUCCUGCCUGGAUGGAAAGAGGAGAGCCACCAGCCUUGCAGAAAACAGGAACGCUGUCCCAGACCUGCCCCAGACAGUCCCCCAGAAACUGACCAAUAAGAGAUACUCAUCUAUUUUA